CAACACAGGAAGCAUCAAAAGAAAAUGGAAGGAAUAUACAGAGUCAUUGUACCAGAAAGAAUUGGUUGAUGUUCAGCCAUUUCAGGAGGUAGCAUAUGAUCAAGAGCCAAUGGGCACUGAAGGAAGAAGUCCAAGCUGCACUCAAGGCAUUGGCAAAAAACAAGACUCCAGGAAUUGAUGGAAUGCCAAUUGAGAUGCUUUAGCAAAUGAGUGCAGUGCUGGAGGUACUCACUUGUCUAUGCCAGGAAAUUUCGAAGACAGUUACCUGGCCAACUGACUGGAAGAGAUCCAUAUUUGUGGCCAUUCCAAAGAAAGGUGAUCCAUCAGGAUGCGGAAGUUGUUGAACAAUAUAAUUAGUAUCACAUGGAAGUAAAAUUUUUCCUGAAGAUAAUUCAAAAAUGGUUGCAGCAACACAUUGACAGGGAACUGCCAGAAAUUCAAGCUGGAUUCAGAAGAGGACAUGGAAUGAGGAAUAUCAUUGCCGAUGUCAGAUGGAUCUUGACUGAAAGCAGAGAGUACUAGAAAGAUGUUUAUCUGUGUUUUAUUGACUAUGCAAAGGCAUUUGAGUGGAUCAUAACAAAUUAUGGGUAACACUGUGAAGAAUGGGAAUUCCAGAACACUUAAUUGUGCUCAUGAGGGACCUGUACAUAGACCAAGAGGCAGUUGUUCGAACAGAACAAGGGGAUACUGCGUGGUUUAAAGUCAGGAGUGAUGUGCAUCAGAGUUGUAUCCUUUCACCAUACCUAUUCAGUAUGUAUGCUGAGCAAAUAAUCCAAGAAGCUGGACUGUAUGAAGAAGUAUGGGGCAUCAGGGUUGGAGGAAGACUUAUUAGCGACCUGCUUUAUGCAGUUGACACGACUUUCCUUACUGAAAUUGAAGAGGACUUGAAGUACUUACUGAUGAAGAUCAAAGAUUACACAUCAACAUAAAACAAAUAUCCUCACAACUGGAUCAGUAAGCAACAUCAUGGUAAACAGAAAAGAUUGAAAUUGUCAAGGAUUUCACCUUACUUGGAUCCACAAUCAGUGCCCCUGGAAGCAGUAGUAGUCAGGAAAUCAAAUGACAUACUGCACUGGCACAUCUGCUGCAAACGAUCUCUUUAAAGUGUUAAAAAGCAAAGAUGUCCCUUUGAGGGCUAAGGUGUGCCUGACCCAAGCCCUGGUAUUUUCAGUUGCCUGAUAUACAUGCAAAAGCUGGACAGUGAAUACGGAAGAGCAAAGAAUUGAUGCCUUUGAAUUAUGGUGUUGACAAAGAAUACUGAAUAUACCAUAGACUGCCAGAAGAAUGAACAGAUCUGUCUUGGAAGAAGUACAACUGGAGUGCUUUUGGAAACAAGAAUGGCAACACUUCAUCUCAUAUACUUUGAGCAUGUUAUCAGGAGGGACGAGUCCCUGGAGAAAGACAUACUUGGUAAAGCGAAGGGUCAGCGAAAGACAGGAAGACCCUCAGAGAGAUGGGUUGACACAGUAGCUGCAGCGACGGGCUCAGGCAUAGCAACGUUGUGAGGAUGGUGCAGGACCUGGCAUUGUUUCGUUCUGUUGUACAUAGAAUCAACAGGACAGCACCUAGCAACAACAGCAGGUCCUAAACAUCGGGAGAAGGUGUUUCUGUUUACACCACUACUUUGAAUCCCAGGCAUGGAAGCUAGGUUAGCAUGGGGAUGGAACUUAAAGAAGGAGAACAAGCGUUGGGUUGCUAAUAAAGGUCCAAGCACAGCAGUCCUAUAAGUGGUGGUAUUCCUGUUUUAUCGAUGUGGACUCGGGCUCUAAGCAGUGGCCAGGUCAGCAACACUGGUAGAAGUGGUUUGAACCUCAGGUCUGUCUCAGCCCAGAAGGGAAGAUCUUUCCAUCAAUUCUAUAACCCUGCCCAAGGACUCUGACUGCUUCUAAUUUAACCCACAUAGCUCUGCCAGAAACAUCUGUUUACCUCAAUUUUACACAUGGGGAAACUGAGGCUUGAAAGGUUAACUUGCCUAAGUUCUCUUAACCAGUAGAGGAUCUGGGAUAAUUCAGUCUAGGCCUGACUCCAAAGCUUGUUCCAUUUUAUCCCACUGCCCCCUAAAGCAAAGGAAUUGUCCUAAGGCAGAGACAGUGUGUGUGUCCCCACCCAGUGUGUGUGUCCCUCAGGUGGUAGGGGCUGGACUUUACUCCCAUCACAGGUAAGUUCUGGUCGUCAGCAGUGGCUCUGAAGGAUGUAGUAGGGGCAAAGUUAAGUGGACAGCUGUGCUUGUUCAGGUGCAGCUGUAGUGCACCUUUGUGCUGCUCAAAUGAAGAAGGUAAGUAAGAUCAUUAAGGCACACAGUUCGUUCUCAAGGCUUUUUACCAUGUUAUAGUGUGCUGAGGGCUGCUGUAUAUAGAUGUGAUCCUUGCCAGUCAGGUAAAGCAGUCCUCGAAAAACCUUGUAUUUGACAGUUAGCAUUCGUAAAAGCGUUCGCUGCAUCUAAAUGUCUGGAUCACAGAACUGUCCUAAAACCUUCAAGCUAGAAGGGGCCAUAGAAAUCAUCUAACACAUCCCCACAUUCUGCUGUUGAGAUCAUUGCAGCCCAGAGAGGGAACUGACUUGCCCAAAGCCACACAGCUAGUUAGGGAAAAUUGGAGGAAGAGAGAUGGAGAAUAUCAUUUUCCUGGCAGCAAUUUAAAAUUCUUACACACACUGUCUUACAUACACAAUAACCUGAUGAUGUAGUACUGUUGUUGCCCCAUUUUACAGAAAAGGAAACAACUUCAGGGAGGUGGGGUACAAUGGAGUUACAUUAUGAAUGCAUUCAAACAAACCACACAAAUUCAAUUAUAUACACUUGGCCAAAAAUAGAAAGAAUGGAAAUUUUAAAUAACACAGUGGAGUAUCCACCUCUGACAAACGUGUGCUACAGUGAGAGCAAGGUGGUACAUUCAAAUGUGAGGCUGUAAGUGGUGCCUGUUUCUGUGUACCUCUGCGUGCUCUCACCAUGGAGUAUGAUUCCAGUGGGUAAAGAUUGACAUACUUCAGACAACAUUGCCCUUGGAUGCAAGCCAGCUACAUCUAGUGCUCAGACCCUAACCAAGAGCUGGAAAAACUGGCCAUGUUGAGCUUACUGAGACAUGGUAUGUUUAUCAACAUGGUACCUUCCUAAAAGAUUUUCAGGAGUGAUUUUGAAAUUAUCAAUCUCAUUUUGCAAAUGAGCCUGAGCCACUGAGAAAUUAUGUCACUUGCUCAGGGUCGUUGAGCUUUUAAGCGGUGGAGGUAAUAAUAACAGCAGCAAUAUAGCUGGGAUUUCAAGCCUUGGCCUCCGCUCCAUUACCUGCACUCUCAAUUCCUCAGCACGAUUCCAUGAACUGAAGUCCUUGGGUGGUACGAAUGGUUAACACGCUCUCGGCUGCUAACUGAAAAAGGUUGGAGAUUGAGUCUGUCCAAAGUCACCUUGGAAGAAAGGCCUGGUGAUCUACUUCCAAAAAAUUAGCCAUUGAAAGGCCUAUGGAGCACAGUUCUACUUUGACACAUGCAGUUGCCAUGAGUCAGUCGAUCAAAGGCAACUGGUUUUUGGUGUUAUUCCGUGGGCUAAUAGGAAAUGGGGCCUUAGAACAAAGCUAAACCCUUCACAAUGAAGCUGCAGCAAGCACCUGUGACCACCAGAGGGCGGAGGGCUGCCAGCUGUGUACCUUGCCCUUUUUGGAAGGUCUCCUUUACCCUUGGGACUGUCUUUUUUCUGUAGCCCCCAGGGAUAAAGAAAGACGGGGACCCCAGUAGCCAGCUCUCACAAUCUGGGCCCUUUCUCUCUCGCAUCAGAGCUUGGUGGAGAAAGCCAGGAAUUCCCUCUGGUUCUCAGCAACAAAUGGUGGGGCCAACUCCAGAGCUGCCUCUGUGUCUGCUACCCCAUUGCAGCCCUCCUCAUACCCACUGCUCCCCUACUACAAGGGUAAGGUGGGGGAUGGUUGCUCCACCAUCAACCCCAAACACCGAGUCUCCCAGUUACUCCUCUGGGACCAACUGAUGCUGGAGAGUGGCAUUGUUUAGGCAGGUGUGGAGAGGGCUGGGACAGGGCCAGGUGUACACCCUCCACUGGCACUCCACCCUUACCCUCCCAGCCCUGCUGCUGAGCCUCCGUGGCCCUCGGUGUCUCCACACACUCGCACCAACUUCUGUGACCAUCACGAACAUUAUGAUUAUUGCCACCAUUUGCCAGGUGCUUAUUCCAUGCCAAGCCCUCUGCCCAGUACUUGAUGGCUAUUAUCUGAGGUAGCACUCCCUACUGCCUUGUGAAGUUGGUGUCCUUAUCUCCGUUUUACUGCUGGACAUUGCCACUCGGAGAAGUGGCCCAAGGUCACAGCUAGUGAGAGAGGUUGGGAGAAGUCGGGAACCCAGAUCUGCCUUUCUCCAGUCUGCUCCUCCCAUUGCUCUAUGGCUAUUGCCUCUUCACAACACUCCCAUUGCCCUUGACCUCCCUCAGGGCCAGCUACCACGCCCUACCCCACCUCGGAGUGGGGCCUGAGCUGACGUCACUGGGUGGAUGACAUUCAUCUUACACCACAGCCCUCAAAAGGCCAGAGAGGCAACUUCCUGUCCCAGAUAAUGGCAAUAAAGACGUCUGGGGAUACUUCUCACCAUUCCCAUGCCUGAAUGACCUUUGUAGACAGGCUUUCCUGGGAACAUUUCUCUGAGUCCAUGUGAGAGUGUGAGUGCAUAAGCUUGUGUGACCCUGUGUGUGUGUGCACACACGUUCAUCUCUGUGUGAUUGUACUUCCCGGCCCUGGCUAACUCAAAGUCAAGGUAACUGCAGGUGGUUGUGUAACAAUGAUUGUGACCAUAUGGUUUUGCGUGUGUGUGUGUGUGCUUGUGCAGCCUUUGUGUGUAACUGCGUAGUCAUGUGACUAGAUAUGUGACUGUGUGUGUGUACUUACGUGCUGCAGAUAGAGAAAGCAUUCUGCCUGGAGGGGGAAAAUGGCUGUCAACGGGCUUCUCGCUCUAAUUCUGGCUCUGGUGGCUGGCUAGCCACUCCGUCUCCUCUCAAGGGCCCAUGUCCUGAGAGACGCCUGCCUGGGGUCCAUCUGAGUUCCCAGGCACUGUCAGGAUUAGGCCCUGUGAGCCUGAUACACAUUAAUUCCCUUCUCUCAUCACAUGGCUGCUCUUAUACCUGUCGCUGUUCUGCCAUUCUGUCCCUUAGAGCUGGUGCCCAGAUCUCAGUCGGCUCCUGUUCUGCCCCACCAAGCCUUCCUGGCCACUCCAGAAGCUGGUGUGUCCUGAGCUGCCCAGUCUGCAGCAGAGCAUGUUCCCUGCAGGCCCCAGAGGCCAGCAAAGUGCACGAGGCAAUGGGAGGAACAUAGACUUUGGCGUUAGAAGGGCCUAGAAUUCCAUCUGGGCAAGAAGCUGACUUCUCUGGGUCUCAGUUUCCUCAGCUGUAAGAUGGAGAUGAAAUGCCUUACCUCAAAGUGGUGUAACCAUCAGUGAGUAGUCGGACAGCAGCCAGCAUGAGUCUGGCUCAUAUUAGGCCCCAAGGAAUGAUCUUUCCCUCCUUCCUUCCUCCCUCCUACCACCCUCUCUUCAUAUGUCGUCCAUUGCCAAGUUGCCAAGACCAGUGAUUCUACUGCCACACUGUCCUUCAAAUCCACUCCUUACCCACCCUGGGCCCUACCAGGGCAGAACAUAUCCCUUCACUCCUGGACUAGUGCAUUAGCCACAUCUGGACAGUCCAUUCUCAGUAUGAGCCACCAGGGCUCCAUGCUGUGAUCAAACUCCUGAGCCUGGUAUUCAAAGCCUCCGUUUUGGGGGUGCUGUCCACACCCCUCUAGACACUGCUUCAACCCAAUCCACCUCCUCUCUCACUCCUACAUGCUUUCUGCUGCCUUGCCUUUGCCUUACACUUACAAUGCCCUUCCUCCCCAUCUCCAUGGGCCCAACUCUUCCCACCGAUCAAGGCUCAGUUCCAAUGCCAACUCUUGCAAGCAUCCCCUGACCUUGCACCAGGUCUAUCCUCGACGGCUGUGUGUUCCCUCUGGAGCCUGCAUGCCUGGGCUCAUGUCCUCUCCUCCAUCUAGCCUGUGCGCUCUGGAGGGCCGACACCACGUCUCCUUUCUGUGAGCCACAUAGAGGGAGCUGCAGCCACGUCCCCUCCUUUGGGUACAGCAGGCUGGGAGUGGAGGAGGAGGAGGCAGCUGCUGCCUGGGUGGGGAGCAGAUGGUGAAUGGAUCUCCCCCACCGCCUCAUCUUGGCCAGGCCAGAGGGGCGUGAGAUGACUCUACUGAGCAAACAAGCAGACACACCCUCCAUCCACUCCCCAGAUGCCCCUCUAGCAUCAAAGGAAAGCCGGCCUACCCUAGGGCCCUGAGGGUAGAGGGAGGCCUCUGCCCAAACCUAAGCUUGGGCUCAAGCCUACAGGCUUCAAAUUUCAACUCAGCCAUCCACUUGCUGUGUGUCAUUGGGCACUCCCUUCUGAGAGCCUCAGCUUCCCCCUCUGUAAAAUGGGCACCAUUCGUAGGGUCUGACUCAGUAGCCACUCUCUUCUCUAAAUAUGACUUUAGAAAGACAGUAUAGCAGGUGUGAAUGAGGAGAGAAGCUUAGGCUUUUCUUUGGCAUUCAAGAGAACUGGCUUAAUAUCCUUGUUCUGGAAUUUACUGAUAUGUGACCACAGCUGUUGUGAAUCCACCGGGCAGUGAUGUUAAAAGUUGUGCCUUCCUCUAGGCUGAGGUGGUCCCACACUUGUGUCUACACUUACCCUGUCUGCUGGCUGGGAGCCCUUGUGCAGUGCACAACCGGUACAGUCCUGUGUGUGACCUUAGUCAAGUCAUGGUUUCUUAACCUCUCUGAGCCUCUGAGCUUUAGUUUACCUAUCUGGAAAGUGGGGUUAUAGUUAUUUCUACAUAUUCUCAGGGCUGUUAGGAGGCUCACAUACACUGCAAUGCCUUCUCAGGUAGUUCUGGGUUCUUAUAGGAACCAGAGAUUUUUUUUUACCAGCCUUCAAGACACAUUUAUAAACAGGAUGGGAUGGUGUGAAAUGUGGACCACACCUCCUCCGAGGUCACACAGAUCAGUACUGGAGUCUCCAGGCUCCCCUCUCUGCCCCGUUCCAGGUCUCUCCUGCUAAGGUUAGCUGAGGCCUCUGGGCCUGCAGGGAAGCAGAAUCAGGCCUAGGAGGACUAAGCCUUAGUGGACCCAACUUUAACAUGCAUGCUGGAACCGUAGCAAGGUCACCAAAACCCCAGAGUUAAGCAAACUUUUGGCCAAAAGGAAUAGGAUCAGAGCCUCACAGAGACCAGAGGGCCGCCCAGCUGCAGAGCAGAGUGUCAGCAGCUUCUGGCAGUGGGCGAGGGGCAGCUGGGUUUUAGGGGGUGGGUCUGGUUUCCAUGCCUGUAAAACCCUUAGCCCAGUGCCUGGCACAGAGUGAGUGAAUGAGGAAUGUUAGUUGCUUCUGUUAAUGUUAUGAGUGUUACAAAUAGGGCAACCAUCCUGAUUCCACUAAGUGCCAGGCCUUGUGUGGACAUUGGGGCCACAAUGGAGCAAGACAGUCCCUGAUCUCAGGAGGUCACAGGCUAGUGGGCGAGACAGAGCUUGAUAAGUUUUAUGAUGAGAGGAGGUAGAGGAGGCUGGCAGAGUACAGAGGAGGUGGGGAAGGUCGUAACCCAGACUUGCUGGGGGUAGGGGAAGGUUAGCAAAGUUAUCUAGAAAAUUCGAGAUUUGCAGUACAGCUGUUAUUGUCUCCAUUAUUCGGAUGCAGAAACUGAGGCUUAGGAAGGUUAAGUGAUUGGCCCUGGGACACACAGCCGUUAAAUGAGGGAGCUGGGAUUCUAACUCAGGGUUGCCUGGCUCCAAAGCCUGACCUCUUUUGCCUACCAGCACACCCGGCUUGGGCCCCCUACUUCCCAAUCUACUCCCUUAGAGCCCUUUGGGAUCUUGGAUGAAUGGCAAGCUCAGCAGGGGGUUGAUCAUAAAGGGCCUUGAAUAAAAGCCGAAAGAGUCUGGGCUUUCUUCUGGAAUGCUACAGAGGAGCAAGAAUUUGCCAGAAAAGGUAAUCCUUGGAGUGUGGGGAACCCAAACAGCCUCAGACCAACCACCUACCCAUAUAGGAAUGAGGAGAGGUUAGAGGUAUCUGGGACCAAGGCCUCGGGACUCAGGGUGUGCUUCUGGGGGCCAGGUUCUCGGGGGGCUCCAAGAUCCACCUUCCAGCAUCUUCAACACAGGUUCCUGAAGCAGAAUCAGGCCUGGGAGGACUAAGCCUUAGUGGACUCAACUAUAACAUGCACACUGGAACUGUAGCAAGGUCACCAAAACCCCAGAGGCCUGGGGAGCAGGGAAUGGGCCUGGACUCAGACCUGGGCUCAGGCUGGGCAGAGAGAGUAGGGGCCAAGAGAAGGGGAGUCGGUUCCUACUUCCCAGGGUAGACGUCAGAGGUGAGUUUGGGUGGGGCAGAACCAAAAGGCUGAGGCCUGGGAGCCAUUUCCUCUUUCCCACAGCGUGUAAAAACAUCAUCCCGCAACCUUCCCAUCCCUACCUUGCAGCAGGUAAGCCUAGGCCAGGGCACUGUGGGAGGAAGAGAGACUUCAAGAGCCAAAGUCCUCUUCCUUUAACCCCACCCCAAUGGACCUUAGAAGAGAAUGGGUGAAAAAACAAGCUAAGCCAGAAAAAAAGGCUCCUUCAGCCUGUACUGGCACCACCCAGGCCCCAUCCUUAAAGCUAAACCAAAUCCCAACCCAGCUUCAACCUCACACUUAAUCCCAGCCCCAACCUCAAUCAUAAACCCAACCCCAACCACACCUCCAACUUCAGCUGCAAACUCAACUCCAAUCCCAACUCUCAAUGAACCCUAACCUAAACCCAAAACUAUCUCCACUCAGCUAUAAGCCCCACAUCAACCUAAUCCUAACUGUACCCCCAAUUCCAAACGUGACCCUAACCCUUACCCCAAUCCCAACUUUAGCACCAUUCUAGCCCUGAAACUAACCUAAACUCCAACUUGAAUCCUAACUUCAGAUGCCAUCCCUAACUGCUGCCUCAGUUUUUCUCUAAGGUAAUCCCAAUCCCAACCCGUAGCCUAGUGCUGGUCUUAACCCAGUUUCCGUCCUCACCCCAGCGCACUCCACACAAACCCCAGGUCCACCCUGGCACCAACCUUAGCUGCAACCUGGUCUGUACCAGAAGUUCAUCUCCAUCCCAAUCGCAGAAAUUCUACCUUUAAUUCUGCCUCUAGCUCAUCUUCCACCCAACCCCAUCUGUAAAUUCCUAACAUAUCUCUUUCAUUUCUCUAGCCCUUCACAACCCCACUCCUGUCCUUGACCUUCCCCUGCGACCCACUGCCACCCUGCACUCAGCCAGCAAGAGCCAACCUGUGGCUGGAUGGACUACACUUGUUGACAUCCAGGAACACAUGUAUGCAUACACACACACAUAUACACACACCAGGAAGAGAAGGGAGGUCCAGCCUUGCCCUAAGGACAGGCCUGGGAGGGCAGAUGGACCAAGUGUUUCCUGUCCCUCCUGAGGGAUAGACACCUUUGGAGCUCCCUCCUUGUCAGGCUCUGCUUCCUCCGAUUCCUUCAAUAUUGACUUUUAUAAUCAGGAAUUCCUGCCCCUCCUCCACUCCCAGGAACUGUCCUGGCAUCUGCCCACAAGCUUGUAUGGCAGGGUUUGUAGAAUAGAACGACGGGGGAUCUAGAGGCUACCCUCCCUUUCGUGUACUGGAGACCCCUGCUCAUGACAGAGCACACAGUGAACACACACCGUGCUGUGGGCAGUCUUAACGGGGAUCAAAGUCUAGUAGGGCAUAGACACACACCUGAGCAAUCUCACCCAACCAGAGCCAUGGUAGAGCAAAGUACCUGGUUCUAUGCGAACUGAGAGGUUAUUUAUCUGGGGAUGCGGUGGGGGUUAUUUGAGCUGGGCCUUAAAGUUUGAGUAGGAGUUCACCCAGUGACAGGAAGGAAAGGCCUUCUAGGCAGAUGGAACAGUAUGUUCAAAGGCAGGGAAGCAUGUUUGGUGAAGGGAACACAGGCUCACAGAGGGAAGAAAUUUAGCUCAAGUUCACACACAUCAAAAUUGGGUAGCAGAAGGGCUUCGAAGCCAGGCAGUACCUGGGUCCUUCCUUAGAACCACAGUAGCCAAACCUGGCACCUGCCUUUGUCUGCAGCCUCAUCUCUCAUCAUUCACAGACACCCAAUUACUCACACUUUGCUAGAUAUUCCAGGCCUGCCUCAACUCCUGCCUGACCCAAGUGUAACACCCUCUGCAAGAAAUGGUCUUCCACCCCCUGGCCCUUCUCCAGUUUUUACCCACUCUCCAGAACUCAGCACUGGCAGCACCUCCUCUGGGAAAAUGUGCUGAACUCUUCUGCCCUUGAGCUGGUGAGGUGGCCACUCCACGUACCCCCAGCCCUCGUGCUGCCCUCUUGCCCACCAUCCUAACCCAGCAUUGCCACUGUCUGGGGCUCCAUCUGCAAGGGCAGAGCUGGGUCUGCAGGCCUCAGCCCUGCACAGGCCUGGCCCAGAGCAGUGGUCAUUGAGUGCAUGAGGUUGGUAGAUGAAUGCAGGACCCAGUCCAGCUGUGGGUUAAUUUGGGUGCCUAGGGAGGGGAGGAGUGGGGCUCAGCCAGUCUUUAAGAAUGGCCUCUUACCUCCCAGGGCUGUCUUGAUCCUUAUCUGAUGAGGUCUGAGUUGACUGCAGACAGAUGAAACAGUGACAAAGACUCCUGGUUACUGAGUAACCCUGCCCUCUUUAAAAGUCCCAGUGUUUCCCCCUGGCAUCCAGAACCCGCCACUCCUGUCUCUUGGGCACAGCUGCCAUGAACGCUUUCCUGCUGUCUGCACUGUGCCUGCUUGGGGCCUGGGCUGCCCUGGCAGAUGGGGUCACUGUGCAGGAUGGAGACUUCUCCUUUCCUCUGGAGUCAGUGAAGAAGCUCAAGGAUCUCCAGGAGCUCCAGAAGCCCAGGAUUGGGAACCACAGGAAGGCCAGAUUGGCAGCUGGGCCUGAGGUCCCCAUCCUCUGUAGCAACCCGGAGUUUCCCGAAGAACUCCAACCUAUCUGCAAGGAGCCCAAUGCCCAGGAGAUCCUCCAGAGGCUGGAGGCCAUUGCUCAGGACCCGAGCAUAUGUGAGAUCUGUGCCUACGCUGCCUGUGCCGGAUGCUAGGGCCACCAUGGACUUCACUGCCUUCUUCCCUUCACCCACAGGAGAGCCCUUUCUCCUGCCCAAGGGUCACCCAUGAUACUCCCAUUCCCAGCAGCUCAACCUCCCUGUCCCAGAAUGGAGGGUGUGAGGAGACACAGCCUGGGCAGGGCCUGGUGAGUGGAGGCUCAGCUCCUUCCACCAUCUGAGCUGCUGGGUGCUUCCAGGAUCCAACCCAAGCCUCAGCUAAUAAACCAGCUUCCAGAAUGCCUGGUGUUGCCUUCAUUCCUUUGUUAACCCAUCAGAUCACCCAUCAUCCAGCUUUGUUGAUGCCUACGGGUCAGCCUUGGCCUAAGGGGCUCAGGAUUUAGUGUGUUGAAUGGAAGGACCCCACUCUCCCUGCUAAGCCACACUCCCACCCCAGGCAGACCCCUCACACUGGCACUGAGGGGACCUGAAUCUUCAGGCCUCCCAUGGGGAUGAGGAAUGGAACUUCUGCUCUUCUUUCCCAUCACCACGGGUCAUCAGUCACGUGAACACAGCAGUCUGUGCUGGUUUGGAUGUUCAGCACAGACACUGACCCACUAUGAGAUCGGCCCCAAGUUCUUGGGCAUGGUAUUCAAGGUCCCUCAGGAUCUGGCUCCCCCUACCACUCCAUCAUGGCCUCCUGCUGUCCCCCAGUACCCCUAGCCACGCCGCUCACCAUUUCCUCUGCUUCUGCUCACUUCUGCACCCCUCCUCUCCCCACAUCUCUAACCAGGUAAGUCCCUGCUCAGCCUCACGGGCUUAGCUCCUGUGUCCUCUCCUACAGAAGCCUUUCCUGGUCCCCUGGAUGAGUCUUUGUGCCCCUCUCUGUCCUUGGUGCUCCCAGGGCACUCUGGUACUUGCAUCCCUUGCACAAUUCUGGCCACGCUGCACUAUAAGGCCUUCUCUGCUGAGGGAAGUCGCUCUGACUUUCAGACAAGGUCAAGUCCACCGACGUGGAUGAGGAAGUAACAUGGGUAGGGGAAAGCAAGGGCUAUGCAGUCCCAGACCUGGGUUCCAACCCCAGUUCUUCCAGGACUGUGUGACAUUAGGAAAGUCACUUUCCUUCUCUGUGCCUCAGUCCCUUCGGCAAAACAAGGAUAAUAAUAGUAUGUACCUCCCAGCCUAGGUGAAAUAAUAUAUAUAAAACCCUCAGUUCAGGCCUGUCAUAAGCAUAAAAACCAAAACCAAACCCAGUGCUGCUGAGUUGCUUCCGACUCAUAGUCAUAAGCAUAAGGGAACACAAUAAGUGGUAAAAACUAACCAACCAGAGAAAGGGGGACCAGGGUCAGGCUGAGAAUGGGUGAGAUGUGGGUGAGGAGGUGAGGCAUGGAGGAGAAGGUGGUUGGCAAAGCUACAGGGAACCAGGGAAGACGUAGGGGCAGGGCCCUUCCUGGGGAUUGGGGAGACUGGAGGUGGAGUAUCACAGGACAAUCCAGGCAGAGGGGGCCUUGAAAAAUGGAUGGAAUUUCAAAAUAAACAAGGGGUGGAGAAGGGAGAGGGCAUCCGGAAGGUGAGAAUGGUAGACUACACACAGAGGCAGGAAGGCCCGGAGUCACUGGAACGGCUUAGCCUGAAUAGUGUGUAGGUCUGGGAGCUAGACAGGACUGGGUUUGAGCCUGCUGUGCCAUUUACAAGCUGUGUGCCCCUCUUUGAGACUGGGUUACCUCCUAUGAAAAUGGAGGAGAUAGCAGAUUCUGUUUCACAAGGAUGCUGGGGGACUGGAUGAGAUGUGGGAAGUGGUAGCAUCAUUUAAUGUUUGGACUCUGGAGCCAACUCUCUGGGUGCAAGUCCUGGCUCCGCUUGUUGUGAGCUCUGUGACUCUGAGCAAGUUACGUAACCCAUCUCUCCUCAGAUUCCUUGUCUGUAAAACGAGAUGGCAAUGACCCCUACUUCAUGGGGUUGAGUGAGGAUUAAAUAAGUAAUACAGGUAAAACCCUUUGGGCUCCUCCAGGCCCACAGUAAUUUCUUUCUGGAUGCUAGUCCUGAGCCAGGUACAGAGUAGGUGCUCAGUCAGGGUCUCCUCCCCAGCGUAGGGGAAGGAAGCAGAGGGGGCAAGGCCAGAUGGUCCACUGGCUCAGGAUGGACUGGAGAGGUGGCAUUGGGGAGCCAUGGAAGGGCAUGGGUAUCAUCACAGGGAAAGAUUCCUCAGGGCACCUGGAUGCAUGGGCUGAGAGAGGGAGCAAAGUUUUCUCUUCUGGGUGGGUGGAGCAAUGCAUGGUCUCCUGGGUGCUGUGGAGAAGGCAGGGGCUCAGGGGGCUGUGGGGGAAGGCAAAGGAACUAUCUUCUCAGACAGGCCCUGGGCAGAGUCAGCCCUGAUGGUUUGCCUGGGAAGGGUGGGCACCCCGUGAUUCUCCCUCCAGCCACUCCUCCAUCCCUGCCUCCUUCAGGAAGCCUUCCUGUCUUGGGUCAGGAGACAGAAGUUUUUGCUCUGCAGCUGGGGUAGGGCUUGAGGUCAAAUUGAAGGUCAGCUGGGUCUGGGAAGAUCUUGGUCUUCUUAGCUCUGUGAGCUUAGGCGAUUCAUUGCCCUGGCUGGACUCUGUUCUCCUUCAUAUGUGAAAUGAUGUUAAAUGAAUCCACUGCCUAGACUGACGAGACUUCAGGGAAAUUGCUGACAAGCAUCCUUAGUCUACCUUUCUGCCCAACCUACUUACCUUCCCAAGAAGCUCUGCCCUGGCUCCUGGGAUGAACAGACAGGCAUGUGUCUUUGUGUGUGUAGAAUCUUUAUUCAGCGGCAGGGCUUCCUCAGGGGCUAAGCCCUCCUCAGGUCCUGAACCCAGUGGCUUUGUAUCAGGUCCAGCUUCCUUGGUUGUAGGAGGUUGGAAAUGACCACAGUGGCCAGUGACCCACCAAUGUGCUUUGGUGAGGUGGGAGGCAGUGGACUUGGGAGCUAAGUGCCCCCUGUAGGGUCAGGACACCCAGGGUCUUGUCAGAGGCAGCCGGUACAGGCCACGUUCACACACAGCUCACAGUCGUCGCUAGAGAUAAUCACUGGGCAGGGAAAGAAAAAUAGUCAGUGAACCUGAAACCGGGCAGCCAGAGAGGGACUGCUUAGGAGAGGGUUGGGGGAGCUGCACAGGCAUCCUGCUUACACGCUAAAAACCUGGAACUUUAGAAUUAGAGUUAGAGGGUUCAAAUUCCAAGUCCUCUCUUAACUAGCAGUGACUGGUCAAAAUCACUUAAAUUCUCAGGGUCUGAGUUAUUCCUGUCAAACGGAAAGAAAAGAGUAUCAACAUGACAGGUUUGUUGUGAGGAGAGUGCUUGGUAAUUGCCAGCUAAUAGCUCUCUGCUCCUGGCCAAAGCCGCCCCAUCCCUCAUAUUUCAGCUUAGAUGACUUUUCCUCUUGGAAGCCUUUCCAGAGUCCCUGUCCCACCCACUGACAUGCCACCUGUCCUCUGUGUUUCCACAGGGCUUCCCCUCUCGCCCCACUGCAUUGCAGCCACUGUCUGUUUGUGGCUUUACCAGUGCACCCUCUUCCUCCCAUUGGUGAAGUCCUUAAGGUAGGCUUCUCAGCCCACCUGGCACACAGUGCUAAGAGCAGGAAAGUCCUGAAGAGGCAGAAGCUGAGUUUGACUCUCCCUGUCCUCAGCCACUAGGUGCUCAAUAGUAAUGACAUGAGGUGGAGGGGUUGGGUUGGGGGAGGAGACAGAAGAUGGUCAAGGAUUGGGAGGAGGCCCUGGGGGCUCUGCCCCUCUCACUCAGUUCCGGCGGGGGUAGGGGACACUUACUCAAGGCUCUGAAGAUGCUGGCGGCUUCCUUGGAGGUGCAGAUAGGCUGGAGGUCCAGAGGCAGGUCAGGGUGUUGGCACACAGACGGCAGGAGGCUCUGGGUCCCCAGGUGGGGGCUGAGCAUCUGCUGCCCCUCCAGGUCACUCAGCUUCUUCACUGAUUCCAG